AUGUCUGGUAUACCAUUAACAUCAGCCGUUUCAAAUGUAUGGCCUCGGGCUACCGGUGCUACAGCAAUGGAUCCUUCGAUGUCAGGACCUAUGCCAUUAAAUGGUAGUGGUCAAAUGAAUCUUCCUAUGGUAAAUAAUCCAAAUUUACCACCGAGUACAAUACCAACUUUAAAUAAUAUGCCACCACCCGUUCCACAACCACCACAUACACCAUUUCCUUCUAUUCAACAACCAUUUGGUCUAACAAAUAGUCUUCUUUCAAAUAAUUAUGCUACAGCUCAAAGUUUACCUACAUCAAAUAAUUUCUCUCCAAAUGUAAAUGCUCUUGGUCAAAAUUUUCCUUCAACAAAUAAUUUUGCUUCAAAUGCAAAUGCUCUUGGUCAAAGUUUACCUCCAUUCAAUCCAAUGCAAAUAAAUAGUGUACCAAAUCCAAUACAAGCCAUUCAAAAUGAAGCUAAUCAACGACGAUUAACGCAUCUUGAAGAUGAAACUGCAAAACGAAAAAAUACUACAUUAACUCUUCAGCAAAUGGGUCAACAAGUAUUACAAGGUCAAAUGGAUAUACAAGAACAAGUUUUACAAUAUCAAUUUAUGUUAGAUCAAUGUAUUGAAAGUCUUGAUCAUCAAAAUUUUAUUUUAAAUGGACAAUCUGAAGAAAUAGCAUUACUUCACGCUAAAAUGCGAAAAUUUGAAUAUUUUAUAGAUGCAUUUAAACGUAGUAAAGAAAACAAUCAAUUUCAACAAAAUAAAUGUCCUGAUAUGAAUUUUAUUGAUAAUAAUCUUAUUUGCUCUCGAAAUUCUUUACCAAUGCAUUCAUUAUCUAUGUCACCUUUUCUUAUGAAUGGUGUAGCACGUGUAACUUCAUCUAAAUUUCAACCUUUUAAUCCACGAUAUCGAUCACCAUCGAAUAAACGAUCAUCAAAUCCAAACGAACCUCAAAAUCAAUCAUCACCAGCACGAAAUUCAAAUCCUGUUAGUAAUUCAAAUCAAUAA